AUGAAGGAAGACGAAGUCAUGGUCUUGCCGAGAGCUUAUGGUAAACAACGGAUCGUUUACGAAUGUCUCUUUCCCGACCAACAUGCCAACUCACGAAGAACUCCCAAAAAGGCGAGAGCCCCUAAAAAUUUGACCGUAGAAGGAAAAGCCAAGCUGGUCAGAUGGCUGGUCCAAACGGAGCCCUGUGUUAUACGGUUUAUUGAUAUCUUGACACAAGCGCAAGAAGAUGAGUUGAUUAAAAAGCACAGGCCUGUAGGAAAGGGGCAUGGAUCCAGUAAAUGGGUAGUUCGGUUACAUGUGCACACAUGGAAGGCAAAGAAGAAGACGCCGCUUGACAAAGAGUCUCGUCGAAUGGUUGCGGGCUGCGGUGCAAGGCUGAGGGGGAGGGGCAAAAACAUCAAGGAAUGCGCGAAGAAUUUGCGAUUCACGAUAGAUAACCCCGAUUCUGAGGAAGACAAGAUAUCUAAAGCCGAGCAAGAUGAGGAAAAGAAAGCCGAGAAACAACUCGAGGAAAAUAUUGGGGGCGAUGGAACGGAAGUCGAGGAUGAUGAGACAGAAGAGGAAAUAGAAGGGAAAAGUGGGAAGGGAAGCGAGGAGGACGGAAGUCUCGCAACAGUUGAGAGUGAAAGAAAGAAUAGCAACGAAGGAAGCGAACAAGAAGAAACUAACGAGGAGCAAGUUGGCGACGAAGGAUCGAACGACGACGAUGCAGACGACGAAGAUGUAAGCAGCGCAGAAGCCGACAAUCAAAACCAAGCCAUUGACAAGCAAAGUCUCCAACCCAAGAAACGCGGACGUCAAUCACCUGGCGAAUCGAGCAGAUCUAGCAGCGGAGGAGCAGUAAAAGUUGAACGCUCUGGUAUGAGUGAGUUGGCAUUGAAGAAUCGCAUGAAGAGUCCGAAGAAGAAACAGAAAACAGGUAAUGAGCGAGACGCUGAGGGGAACGUUGAGCAAGAGGUUGAGCUAGACGGCGAGAAAGAGGCUGGAGAAAACUCAGGGCUUUAG